AUGGCGGCGGCGCCCCGCGCGGGGCCAUCGAGGACGCGGGGUCGAGGGAGAAGGGAGGCGGCCAUAGACGCGGCACACGCCGCCGCACUUCUCCUCCGCGGCCUCGCCAUCGCCUCCGUCGCGGCCUCGCCACCGCGCUGUGCCAUAGACGCGGGACACGCCGCGUCACCACCCUGCCACCGCGAGCCCAAGCCCAAGGGCGCCGGUGCACUGGGCCACAAGUCCAGACCCUUCCACCCGCCGCCGGCCUCCGCGUGGGCGUCCUCCACACCGCCACCGUCCAACCACACCUCCUUGGAGGCGCCGCUGCCGCUCUACACCCUGGCGGCGGCCUCACGCAAGGUGAUGCCCGCGCAGGGCGCGGGCGCCGGGCUCAAGCGGAGCAAGUCCAUCGCGCCGCGCCCGGAGGAGACGCUGCCGCCGCCCGCCCCGUCCGGGAUCACCGCCGACAGCCCGCGCAAGAAGAGCUUCUGGUCCUUCCUCCACCUGUCCUCGUCGUCCGGGAGCCACAGGAGCGCGUCGUCGGCCGCGGCCCCUUGCAACAGCGGCGGCGGCGCGGUGGCGAGGAGGAACUCUGUGUCCGUGGCGUCGGCGUCGGCGCUCGAGGGCCGGCUGGAGGCGAUCGCGGAGCCCGAGAGCCCGGGCCGCCGGAGCGAGGGGUCCUCAUCGUCGUCGUUCGGGCGGAAGGUGGCGCGGUCGCGCUCCGUGGGGUGCGGUAGCCGCAGCUUCGGCGACUGCGCGCUCCGGCGCGUGGAGUCCCACCGCGAGCCCAAGCCCAAGGGCGCCGGCGCGCUGGGCCACCUGGGCGGCGCGCAUGGCGACGACGAGCGAGACCAGCACCACAGUAUCAAGUGCGCGGGCUUCUUCGGCGGUGGCCUGGGCGCCGCGCCCCCUCCUUCGUCCUCCUACUGGCUCUCCGCGCCCAACGGCGGGACCGGCGGCGGGAGCUCGAGGGGCAACAGAACGCGGAGCCAUCGGAGGGGCAACGGAACGCGGAGCCAUCGGAGCUCGGCGUGGGCAGCGGCAGAUGAUUGCAAUUGCGAUUGCUCGCCUCUGUUGGAGCCGGUGGUUUGA